AUGGCAGAAAUGCUGUCGCGACAGCACGCGAAACGCACAUGCGCUAGAAGGAUGACUCCGUCCACGAGUGCGAGGCUGUACCGGAGCGGCGUAAAGAUGACAAUCCGCACGAAGGAAGUAGACGAGGAUGACAACAUUUGGCUCCACGGCUACAUGGACGAUGACCACGAUAUCGCUAAUGCUAACCGCAAAGAUAUGCUGGAUCGCCUUAUGGGCUUAACGCAGAUAGAGAUGGAAAUGGAGGUGGAAGAUUUAUCUGCACCGGGCAGAAAACUAUUGGAGGAGGAAGUGGUGUUGGAGAUUAGCGGAGAUCCCAAACCUUAA